CCCACCGCCGGAGAAGACAAACUGGCCCGUGGAAGGGCUGAAUAAAUGAGCAAUAUUAACACAGGAGAAUCGCACGACUUUGUAGGAUUGUAUCAUUUAGAGACUCUAAAUAUCGUUAUACUGGAUUAUAAGCGCACACGCUGUGACAGUAAUGUGUUGGGGUAAUAUUGAGCUUGAUAGUUAUCUAUUUAUAUAGGUAUCUGUCUAUCUAAAUAUAUGAGUUGUGUUAGCGCGUUAGAUGAGUGUUGUAUGUGUUUAAUGCGAUCUCCUAACCACGCGUUAAUAAUCGACUAAACAAGUGGCUAUGUGUGUCGCUGGGAAAACCACUUGGGCGUGAAUUGGGAAUACUGGGAAGCAGGAUGUCUCGGUGGUGGAGGAUAGUGCUGAUUGCUGUAGUGUGGGAGGUCCAGAGUGUUGUGUGCCGUGAGGUGACUCUUCCACCAGGUCCAAUCUACCGUGUAGCAGGUUUCCCUCUGUCUCUGCCCUGCACUGUUUCGGGCUAUGAUGGUUCAAGAACACAGGACUUUGAAUGGUUCUUAUACCGUGAGACUGCCAAGGAAAUGUCGAUUGCGGUUGUGUCCACUAGAGAUAGGGGCUUUCCCUAUGCCAUUUUCCAGGGUCGAGUGAAUUCAGGCGAGGUUCGGGUGGAGAGAGACUCGGGUGAUAAGGCCAGACUGGUGAUUCAGAGACUUCAGCCAGAAGAUCAGGGAAAAUACGAGUGUUAUACACCAAGCACAGAUGUACAAUUCCAAGGCACCUACAGUGCGUCUGUGGACGUCAAAGUGAUCACAGACACAUUGCUGAUAACCCACUCUCGCAUUCUGAGUGGCCAGUCUGUCAUAGAAGGCACAGCACUUCAGCUGACAUGUGCUGCUUCUGUCGAGUCAGCGCAGCACACACAUUUGUCUGUCACGUUCGGGAUGCGAGGCAGCACAGGCUCUGGCUCUCUGGGCCACAAUCUGAAGGAAAUCAUCUCCAUCGACCGCGAUCUGCAUGUAACCCCAGGCCGGGGAGGAUCUUAUGAGAAGAGGUACAAUAAUGGUGAGAUUUCUAUGGAGAAGAGGAGUGGAGAUGAAGGGAAGGACCUUUACAUUCUGACGAUAAGCGCACUGGCCUUGGAGGAUUCUGGUUCUUAUUUCUGUGAGGCAGCACAGUGGAUCUUGGAUCCAUCAGGCCAGUGGGAACGCAUUGCCCAAAGAACCCUGGAACUGGGAAACCUCUCAGUGCAACCACUUGCGGACACGCUGUCUGUGAGCACAGUGCCAGUGGGUGAGGUGGCACUGCAACCCGGGUCCCCUCUCAGUCUCACGUGUCUGGUGUCGGGAGCCGGUCCGUGGUAUCGCUCAGCUCUGCUGGUGCAGUGGUUGCGGCGUGGGCCGGCAGGAGGGGUGGAAGUGGAGGUGGCCCGCAUGAGCCCCAACGGAGUCGUGAGCUGGGGCGAUGACAUCAGUAGUGGAGGAGGUGGCAGCAUGGAGAAGGGAGAAGAGGGGAGAUUUUCUCUGAGACGCUUCUCUGCCCACCCUGCCGAUGCUGGACAAUACCGCUGCGCUGUGAGUGUAUAUGCUGGGCAGCUCAAUCCAGCACCAUCCAGCCCUGCUACAAUCACACAGAGGUCUGAGGGUGUAGUGGUCAGCCUCAAAACUAAAGCGGUGAGUGUGCUGGCAGCCAUUGAGUUAUCACGUCGUCCACUCCUGAAACGUGGGAGCACCGUCACCUUGCUCUGUAAUGUCUCUGUGGUGACCACAGGCCCCACUCAGGUGGAAGUGCAAUGGUGGCACAAGAAGCGGGAGCUACACGGGAAAGAAGACAAGACCCCCGAAAAUGCCAAAGGCAGUAUCCUUGCAACACUGACCUUUGAUGGGAUAUCUCGUAUCUUCAGUAAUGGAAGUGAACUGAGCGUUGACCGCAUUUCUGCUGGAACUUACAGACUACGGAUCUUUUCAGCACACGAGGAGGACCAAGGGGAUUACCAUUGCCAGGCAGAUGUAUGGACCCAGGACCCCCAUGGAGGCUGGUACAAUACAGGUGCCAGUGCAGAGUCAUCCAUAGUACACGUUUAUUUAUAUGCACUAGUUGCUGACCUUCUCCUUAUACCACUGGUGGUUGGUGUCUCCUCUGCCCUGUUUGUGGGAGUGGUCAUCAUCUCCAUGGUAACAUGCUGCUUCAUGAAUCGACUUGCCAGGCAGCGCUCCAACUGCGCUAGGAAACCAGCUGGCAGGCCGAUAAAAGAAAAAUAAAUAUAACUAAAGAGUGUACUUGACUGAAGAAUGAAGCAUACUGACUUCUGCUGGCAUGUUAGGCUCUGACUGGUCAAUCGAAUUAUUAACUCACACAUUCAAAGUGUGCCAACAGGUUCGUUCUUUUCUUCUAAGCCACAAUUAUCCUAAUUGUGUUUGGUAUAAACUUUAACCUGUCCAAUAUGCAGCAUCCAAAACGUAAAGUGGCUUUUGUUUAUUGGUUUGUUUGAAAGGAUGGACCAAUUUUGUGUGUUGUUUUUUGUUUGUUUGUUUGUUUGUUUAUUUGGGUUUUUUGUUGUUGUUUUUUUUUUAUAAAUGUGAUGUAAUAAGUUUAACAAAUCCUGGUUUUGGUACAAGAAAUUAUAUUUCAUGUUCCUAUAUAGCAUGCCAUAAAUGUUUCACCAUUAUUUGUAUGGUAUUUAUGAAACAAUGAACAACUAAGCAAAAUGUUGCACUGAUCUUUGUAGUUAAAGAUAAGCCAUCACAGGUACUUACAAACUCAAAGCCCACACACAGUUCAUGCACACUGUACUGUAAUUAAGCAAAGCCUUGAUGAUAGGAAUUAGUUUACAGUGGGUGGAAUAAGCUAAACACUGUGUGUAGUGUCCCCAUAAUUUAGAAAUCAGCUUGGAGCCACUGAAUGAAUAGAACCAGGCCACUACAGUAGUAGUAGUUAUUCAUACAGUGAAUUAAACUAGCGGUGAUACUACACACUGUAAAAUAAAUGUAAUUACCCCAAAGAAACUUGACCACUUUAUAAAGAGUGAAAAUGCUGAUAAAUAUGAAUUGUAUAUUCUACUGCUGAUAGGCUGAUGGGUGCUUCCCUUAUACUGCAAUAAAGCAGUACUUGUAUGCAACAGCACUCAAGCUGUCACUAGACACAGCUGGAAAUACAGAGACUCUAAUUGAAAUGCUGUUGUAGAAACUGAACAUCUGGGUCAAAUCACACAAACCUUGAGUAGACUUCUCAGCCAAAUCAACAGGACCAAAUUGGGUCAAGGACCAAACUGACCCUUAAUUUUUUAUUUCCUUUUUUUUUUUUAAAAGCUGUAUUUUGAACCUUUUAUAUUUUGCAUAUUUUCUGUUUUGGGGGGUUCUUGUGUUGCACUGAUAUUGAGCUGGUACUGUGAAAUGGACUUUCUUUUAAAAAUACAUUUAUGCUUUGUCUUGUAACUUGUAUAAGGAGCACCAUUCAUUGUGUUCUCAAAUACUUCCUUUCAGCAUAUUACGAUUGCUUUUUUUUUUUUUUACAUCUCAUAUAGGAUUUAACCACAGUAAUGAGAAAAAAAAAUGUGGUUUGGGUCAUGAGUACAGAUAAAAUGACAGAGGCAUGUAUCUGUAGCGCUUCUGUCCCUUUUUGGAUAAAUAAUCUGAUUGCUGUUUUUGUGAUUUAGGAGAUGAAGAUCUCUGAUCUUUUUGAUUGUUAAUACGGUGAACACAUUUGGAAAAGUUAGUAAACACACAUUGCUAUUGCAUGUUAAAGUGCUUUGCAGUGUUCGACUCACAAAUCUGAAAGCGGAUUUAUCUUCUCACCCAGCUGGGCCAUGUGACCAUUUCAGGAAGAUGAACACAACACUGGCUGCUUAUUAAUCCUUAUGUUUACAUUGCAGAGAGACUCUUCUCCCCCCACCAAAUUUGUCACGCACUAUUCUGGAUUUGUCCAGCUGUUCCACUCAGCCUAGUGGCCAUUUCAUUUCCAUUCUUAUGCUAACCUUUGCUGGAUGGUUCUGCAAGGUUUUCAUGGACAGGCUUGAAAUCUCUUAGCAAACCCAUUUAAAUAUCAGGCUUCAGAAAUACAUAGUGUACCUAAAAUCUCAUAGGCACAAGUUAAUUUACGAUGUUUUUUAUGCGGAUUGUAACGAUUAAACUUCCCUUUUUUUGUUUUUAAAGCUAAUUUCUGUGUUUUUGUAAAUUAAUUAGAUGUCCAUAACCCGCUGUAUUUUGUGAAUGUUGACGGUGACCUGUGAUUUUCAUUGUCAGUGUCUGCUUGUACUGCAUAAUUGUGGUUUAGGGACAUGAAUAAGUAAUAAAAUCAAAAAAAUAAAAGA